AUGGCCCACUUAAACAGUGGAGUGGACUCGAACAGUCCGUUACUGGACUUCCUCUGCAACCCUAGUUUCACACCUGGAAUGGAAGACCCUGGUUUUCGAGUGUUAAAUGAGGUCAACAUCCGCAAACUAGUAGAUGCAGCUGUGAACAGAAUUGUCCCCCACCUCCAGACCACCAGACACUGCCGUCGCCGCUUUAACACAGCUGCAUCUACUAAUUUGGCUGUGGCAUGGGCGAAAAAGAGCACUGAGAUAGCGGGGGAGGAGGGGGGCUUUGUUACGCUGUGUGGUGGUUGUGUACAGCCCGAGAGCAGUCCUUAUCUGCCCCUGGAAGUGGAACUAUGUAAAACCAGCCAUCAAGAUAAGCUUGGCCUAACGGUUUGUUACCGCACAGAUGAUGAAGAAGAUCUGGGAAUUUAUGUAGGAGAGGUAAACCCAAACAGCAUUGCUGCAAGAGAUGGCCGAAUUAGAGAAGGAGACAGAAUUCUUCAGAUUAAUGGCAUGGAUGUCCAAAACAAAGAAGAGGCAGUAGCCAUACUGACACGAGAGGAGAGCACUAACAUCUCCUUGUUAGUUGCUCGUCCAGAGACUGAGAUGGGCAGGAGAUGGAAAGAUAGUGACAGAGAGGAUUUCUUGGAUGAUUUAGUAUCUGAAAAUGAUGAGGAACUACAAACACAGAGAGUGAUCUCUCCAACCCAACAGCAGGUAGAGAAUGAGGAUGCAGAAGCAAGUCCAAAAUCCCAGCAUCCUUUUCCACACACUACAGGCUUAAGUCACAGCCAGGAGCUGGAUAGCGGAGUUGGGCGUACAGAUGAAAGCACUCGCAAUGAUGAAAGCUCUGAACAUGAUCUUUUGGGAGAUGAACAAACAAGCAGUGCAAAUACACCAGGCAGCCAGCGUCGUUUGCGUUUCUUACGAGGAGACAACCAGCAACCUCUUCAGUAUCGUGAAUUUCAUCAUAGUUUGGACUCCCUGCUUGCAGCUGAUGGAUCAGCACCUUACAAUGAAGUUCUUCCACCAGGUGCAGGGUUCACAGAUGAGGAAUAUGAGCGAUACAGAGAACUACUAGAAAUAACAUGUCACAUGGAAAAUGGUAAUGGACCAGCCUUCCUCUAUACAUCACGACAGGGUGGAUUAGAUGUGAAUCGCAAUGAAAGUGUCCUACGGGAAAUGGCAGUUCUGGAAGAGGAGUUGAGACAUCUGGAAUUUAAGUUCCGCAAUGUUCUGCGUGCACAAAAGAUGCAACAACUGCGUGAGCGUUGUAUGAAAGCUUGGCUUCUUGAAGAGGAGGAGAGUCUGUAUGAGUUUGUAGGAGGGGGUAGUGCAAACAAUGAAAGUUCUACCAAGCUUCCAGACAUCACUGAAUUACCAGAGAGAUCAGACAAGGACAGCACUAGUGCUUAUAACACUGGAGAGAGCUGCAGAAGUACUCCUCUUAUGAUGGAGCCACCAUUACCCUUGGACAGUCCCUUAAGAAGAAACAAUGAUCCUUCAGGAGCAUUUUGCCAAGCAGCAGAAAGCCUUUCUUCUAACAGUAAUAUGAACAGAGGACAUGGCAAAAAUGUACCUCCAUACCCUGGUAGUCCAGAACCAGUGCCAUCCAAAUUAAGAUCUUUGUGUCGUGAUGGAAGGCACCCAACAGAGGACAGGUUAAGAAGAGCUUCAAAACCAGGAAAUGAGCUAGACAGGGGAAGCCGCGAGAACAGUCCAUAUCUAAGCAGGCGUCACCGCUCCCAGGGAGGGGAACGUUAUCAAAGCUGUUUACAGCUGGCCCAGCCAAGAAGUUUAGAUGAGUUGGAUGUGGACUCCACAUGUGGAAAGAAUAUGGGUGCAUCACAGGGGGCUCAUUCUCAAGCUGAACCAAGAAUGGAGUGGAAGGUAAAAAUAAGGAGUGAUGGCACACGUUAUGUAGCUAAACGUCCCGUAAGAGACCGCCUUCUGAAAGCAAGAGCCAUGAAAAUCAAAGAAGAGCGCAGUGGAAUGACUACUGAUGAUGAUGCAGUAAGUGAGAUGAAGAUGGGACGUUACUGGAGCAAGGAAGACAGAAAGAGACACCUAAUGCGAGCUCGGGAGCAAAGAAAAAGGAGAGAAUUCAUGAUGCAAAGCAGAUUGGACUGUCUACGUGAGCAACAACAGCAGCAGCAAGGUGCAGAAGGCAAGGGUGAAAUGAGCAUUAUUGCACUCAGUCACCGGAAGACAAUGAAAAAACGCAACAAGAAGAUCUUGGACAACUGGAUCACCAUCCAAGAAAUGUUGGCACAUGGAACACGCUCAGCUGAUGGCAAGCGGGUUUACAACCCUUUGCUCUCUGUAACUACCGUUUGAUCAACUAACAUUCCACAGAACCAAAUCAGAUCUCAAUGACCAUCUUUUUACCACUCUGAACAGUUUCACACAUUCCAACUU